GAAACUGACAGAUUUGUCAGAUCUGGCAACCCUGCCUGCUACAUUUAAGUAACAAGAUUAAAAAUAAAUAAACAUACUGGUAGCAAUUAAACGAGCUACAGGUAGACUUUUCAAGCACACUCACAGGCUGUUCUACAGCGCCACCACCAGCAGCAGCGGCAUCAGUGCAGUUGUGUGACGGUGACAGCUCACUCCGUCUCAGCCACAUGCUCUUUGACCGAGGACUCUGCCCCCUCCAGCAGCUGCAGGGGACUGCCCUUUGACUGUGUGCCGUGCAGCAGACUCUGCAGCAGCGGCAGCACAGUCUGCAUUAGCAUUUGAUGCAGACUUCUAUAGUAGACUUCUGUCGGCGGACCGCAGCACCGCGGAGGAACAGAGCAACAAACUUUACAGAUCGUUGUCAUUCGCGGCGAAAGCCACAACAAGGCACACACCGCCUUAGGGUUGAAGCGCGAUUGCAUUGAGAUGGUGGUGUUAUCAGAUGAACGAGUUGAGCAUUAAUUAGUUUAAAAAUAGUAACGGGUUAUCUGAGAAGAAGAGGCGGGACUAACUUCCCUGGCGUAGUGAUAAUAAACCUGGCGUGCGGCAGACUGCCGGUGCACACGGCUGGACUCCAGACACACUCAGACGGAGAGAGUGAAUGCGCUGAAACUCAGGGGUUUAACUCCGGGGUGAUUCCUUGUGGAGCUCAGUAAACAACAACAACAACAACAAACACACAAACAACGGGUUAAACACAGUGUCGAAGACUGAGUUUUUUGUCCGAGCGACGGUCCAAACGGAAGGACGUCUCCGCACCGAGAGGACUUUUCAAUAACCCUUCGAACUUCAAGAUGUCAAUUCUGCCUUUCACUCCCCCCAUUGUCAAGAGACUUUUGGGCUGGAAGAAAGGAGAGCAGAACGGCCAGGAGGAGAAGUGGUGUGAGAAAGCCGUGAAAAGUCUGGUGAAGAAGCUGAAGAAGACCGGGCAGCUGGACGAGCUGGAGCGAGCCAUCACCACCCAGAAUAUCAACACGAAAUGCAUCACCAUACCGAGGUCCCUCGAUGGCCGUCUCCAGGUGUCCCACAGAAAAGGCCUCCCCCAUGUCAUAUACUGUCGUCUGUGGCGCUGGCCGGACCUGCAGUCACACCACGAGCUGCGGGCGGUGGAGAUGUGCGAGUACGCCUUCCACACAAAGAAGGACGAAGUGUGCGUCAACCCGUACCACUACCAGAGAGUGGAGACACCAGUCCUCCCUCCCGUGCUGGUGCCCAGACACACAGAGAUUCCCAGUGAGUUCCCACCACUUGAUGACUACAGCCAUUCAAUCCCUGAAAACACCAACUUCCCAGCUGGGAUUGAGCCCCAAAGCAACUACAUCCCAGAAACGCCACCACCUGGUUACCUGAGUGAGGAUGGAGAGACCAGCGAUCACCAGAUGACCCACAGCAUGGACACCAGCUCUCCAAACCUGUCUCCAAACCCUGUUUCACCAACACACAGCAACCUAGACCUUCAGCCAGUCACCUACUGCGAGCCGGCCUUCUGGUGCUCUAUUUCAUACUACGAGCUGAAUCAACGAGUAGGGGAGACCUUCCACGCCUCGCAGCCCUCGCUGACGGUUGACGGUUUCACGGACCCCUCCAACUCUGAGCGUUUCUGCCUCGGGCUGUUGUCCAACGUCAACCGGAACCCGUCGGUGGAGUUAACACGCAGACAUAUCGGCCGUGGUGUGAGGCUGUACUACAUCGGAGGAGAAGUAUUUGCCGAGUGUCUCAGUGACAGCGCCAUCUUUGUCCAAAGCCCCAACUGUAACCAGCGCUACGGCUGGCAUCCUGCCACGGUCUGCAAAAUCCCUCCAGGCUGUAACCUGAAGAUUUUCAACAACCAGGAGUUUGCUGCACUGCUGACCCAGUCAGUCAACCAGGGCUUCGAGGCUGUUUACCAGCUGACCAGGAUGUGCACCAUCCGCAUGAGCUUUGUCAAAGGCUGGGGAGCGGAGUACAGACGACAGACGGUGACCAGCACCCCCUGCUGGAUCGAGCUGCACCUGAACGGCCCCCUGCAGUGGCUGGACAAGGUGCUCACACAGAUGGGCUCCCCCAGCAUCCGCUGCUCCAGCGUCUCCUAGGGAAGCCCCCCCCCGCACCCCCCCAUUCAGCCACUUCCUGUCAGUGACUUAAAGAGACUUCAUUCAGAAACAGGAGCGGCCGCCGCUCCGUCCCCACCAGCUGUUGGUAGCACUUUCUCUGCUUGUGUUUUGUGGCACAGGGGGGCGCUGGUGCAUCAAAGAAGUAUCCUGUCUGUUUGAUUUCUACGUUUUAAUUCUACAUUUGUUUCGAUGGUAAGUUUGCAGCUCAGCAUAUCUGUACCAGAGCGGCUGUUAGGCUGGGAGGAAC